CAUUUCCUCCAAACACCGGGCAAACUACAACUCCAGUUUUUUUUUGUCUUAGUGACGCACCUGGUAUCCACCAAUAGAAUUACGCAGAGAAGGCGUGGCCAAAAGGUUCUAUGCUCUGAUUGGUUACGUGUGGCAAUGGCGCCUUACGUACGGUGUCGCUCCAUCAAUGUGAUGAGUACGCUCUAGUUUCUAUUGUUAAGCGUCGUGGUUUUAAAUAUAUAUAUAUUAAGAUAAAAACAUUACUUUUCUCUCUUCCAUCAUUAUAACCAAAACCAAGAAUGAGCGGUGGGGUGUAUGGAGGAGAUGAGGUUGGAGCUCUGGUCUUCGAUAUUGGAUCUUACAGUGUAAGGGCAGGAUAUGCUGGGGAGGACUGUCCCAAGGCUGACUUCCCCACUGUGAUCGGCGUAACUUUGGACAGGGAGGAUGGGACCACCCCCAUGGAGACCGACAUGGACAAGGGCAAGCAGAGUGGCCACACAUACUAUAUAGACACAAACCAGCUCAGGGUUCCACGUGAGAACAUGGAAGUUAUGUCCCCUCUCAAAAACGGCAUGAUUGACAACUGGGACAGCUUUCAAGCUGUUUUGGAUCAUACCUACAAGAUGCACUUCAAGUCUGAGCCAAGCCUGCAUCCCGUGCUUAUGUCCGAGGCCUCGUGGAACACGCGGGUGAAGAGAGAGAAGCUGACCGAGUUGAUGUUCGAACACUACAACAUCCCCGCCUUCUUUCUGUGCAAAACCGCUGUCCUGUCCGCAUUUGCCAACGGCCGAUCCACAGGUCUGGUGCUAGACAGCGGCGCCACACACACAACCGCCAUCCCAGUCCAUGAUGGAUAUGUCCUGCAGCAAGGUAUCGUGAAAUCGCCCCUCGCCGGCGACUUCAUGAGCAUGCAGUGCAGGGAGCUUUUCCAGGAGCUGGGCGUGGAGAUAAUCCCUCCGUACAUGAUCGCGGCGAAGGAUGAGGUCCGUGAAGGUGCAUCUGCCAGCUGGAGGAAGAGGGAGAAACUACCGCAAGUGAGGCGUUCCUGGCACAACUACAUGUGUAAUACUGUGAUCCAGGAUUUCCAAGCGUCUGUACUGCAGGUUUCUGAUUCGCCAUAUGAUGAGCAGGUGGCUGCCCAGAUGCCCACGGUGCAUUACGAGUUACCCAACGGCUACAACUGUGACUUUGGAGCAGAGAGGCUAAGGAUCCCCGAGGGUUUGUUUGAUCCCUCCAAUGCCAAGGGUCUGUCGGGGAAUACCAUGUUGGGCGUGGGUCACGUGGUGACAACAAGCGUAGGGAUGUGUGACAUCGAUAUCCGACCGGGCCUGUACGGCAGUGUCGUCGUCACGGGGGGAAACACGCUGAUCCAAGGCUUCACCGACCGGCUCAACAGGGAACUGUCCCAGAAGACACCCCCAAGUAUGCGUCUCAAGCUGAUAGCCAAUAACACCACAGUGGAACGCAGGUUCAGCGCCUGGAUUGGUGGCUCCAUCCUUGCGUCUCUGGGAACCUUCCAGCAAAUGUGGAUCUCAAAGCAGGAGUACGAGGAAGGGGGCAAGCAGUGUGUGGACAGGAAGUGUCCUUGAUUGGCUGCAACACUCUUUACAGAAAAGGCUAGUCUUUCCUCUGGACUCAGGAACAUCCUAUAAUGGCUUUUCCCCCCCCUCCAAUGGCAUUUAAAAUUGUUUUCCUUUUAUCGAGUUAUUUUAUGAGGUGUUAGUUUUCAGAUCCCCACUCAGGCAAAUUGCUGUUAGAGUUCAAGAGUUGUAAGCCUUUUAUAAUUAUAUUUUGAUAAAGCACUGAUUAAUCAUUUUAUACAA